AUGGAUGUGGAAACAGCAAUGUCAAGGCACGAGAACGAGGUUGAUACGACUGAUGAAGCGCUUGGAACGACUGUCAUGCUGCGUCAUGAUGACGCUUCUCUGUCGACAAAGAUCAUAAUGGACUAUUUCACCCAUGACGGACUACGAUGCAGAGAAAUUGACUCGACUAACAAGAAUGCAUUUGACGAGACUGAAAGUACUGGAGAUAAACAAACCCGUCGACAAGUCGAAGAGAUAGCAAUACAACCAUUUCAAGUGCAAGAGAUAGAGAAAAAGGCAAUUGAGGACAUAACGACAAAGUAUCAAGAAGAAAUGAGGAUACUAAGUAUUGCGCAGAUGGCGUUGACGGUGCUUGUAGUGAUUGUAGCACUAGCUCAGUGCGUGUGGAUGUGGCAAGUGGUAGAAUUAAGUGCGCUAAGUCUGGCAGUAUUUGGGGACUAG